UUUUUUGCAUCAUUUUCAUUGUCGAUUCAACGGCGGUCACAUCUGGAACGGUUCCCCGGUGGGAUUUACGUCCGGAACAACGGCAGAUUGUAACCUUCGUGUUCUUAUCAGUGCGCCGCGAUUGAUGGUUAUCGUACGUGGUCGUUAAAUUCUUGAUUUUUUUUGGUGAUUAGUUUCUCCCUUUAUUAAUCCGGUUUUGUUAUUUGGCGUCCGGUCGCGGUCUGUUUUCUCAAUUAGUUAAUUUAAUCAUCCGUACUAGUUUAGUGCCCUGUGUAGUAUCUACAAGUGCGAGUGAGGAAAAUAGUGUGCUAAAAUGUCCGACGAGUGGGAAGUUGUGAGCAAGCAGAAGAAGCCCCGCAAGCCCGGUGCGGACAAGAACAAGGCCGCGGCGUCAAACGCCGGGAUUCCCAAAAUAGAAGAUGCUGACACAAUGGAUCAGAUUCUAUCGCUGUACGCCAAUGUGAAGGACGAUGUACUGCUCGAUCGAGGCCAGGCCAACAAGGAGAACAAAAAUCAGCAAAAUUUGGCCAACGGUAAACAGCACGACCGGCGGAAGUCCCCCUCGCGAGUCCAGCAGCAGCAGCAACAACAGCAGCAGCAAAACAAGGCCCGACAGCGUCAGGAAAUGGAAAAGAAGCACCAGCAGCAACAGGCUAAGCCCAAGUUCAAGGAUCUGGAGGCGGCGCUGAAGGCGGUCGUCGUCAGUGAUCUGCGCGCGAAUCUGUGGGCUGUGAAUGAAAACUUUAAAGACAAUCAUCUGAUGAUGCUGAAAGCGAUCACCGCGUUCCUUAACGAGCAGCUGCGCGUCGAUUCGGUCGAUCCGAUUUUCGCCGACAAGCCGCAAUCGUAUCCGUACAGUGUGAUUCCGCGCGAGUUGCAAAAACUCAUCGAUGAAACCGUUGCGGACGCCGGUGAACAGAAUGUGCAAUAUUUUUACGAUCUUUCGCUGUCUAAUUUGGCCAGCGACAUGAAUCGGAAUCAGCCCCACUUGGGGCACAAGAUUAUGCUGCAAGCGAUGGCUCAAAGCAAUCCGCAAAUUUGCGCCAACAACCUGGCGCGAAACGCGAUCCUGCGGAACUCCUUUCAAAACCGAAGCAACGUCGGGCUGAGUCUGCUGUGGGCGCUCGGACAGGGUGGCUUCGGCGAUCCCGACGUUGGGCUGAAGGUCUGGCAGGAUAUUAUGGUGCCCGUGAUUGACCUGAAAACCUACAGCAAAUACGUCGUCGAGUACAUCCACGCGAUUCUCUCCCAGCACAAAUCAACCAACCUCGAAAUCUCCUCCAGCGAGUUCCUCACCAUCCUCAGCUCGCUCACGACGCAGGUCAAAGCGAGUCGCGACCUCGCCAAUCUGCUGGAAGAAGCCUCCAAGCUGCUCGUCGAACGGUACGUGUUCAGUGCGCCCAAGACUUCCAGCACGUUCACGACGCUGUUCAAAAACAUUCAGUUCAUUGCCAAGUCGGAGCUGAUCUACUUCGGGUUGAUUCUGUGCCUCACGGAGGACCCCGAGUGCUGGGCCGCUUGGCGGGGUCUGUACCGCAAGAACGUCCAGCAAACGGCCGAAUUGCUUGCGUAUAUUGAAAACUCUUCCACGGAAUCAACGCAGAAGCUGGUUGGCGAUAGGCUCUUCCACCAGUUCUUGGACGACAUACAGGAGAUAAACGUUGAACUUGGACAGAGCAAAAAGAAGGUGGAAGGACUGAAGGCAUCAUCGACCGUGCUCCAGCAAGUGCAAGACAAAGUCGCCUCGAAGAAGAACAAAUCGGCCAAAGCGGCCAGCAAAACGGCCUCGCGGGGUGCCGCCUCGGUGUGCUGCAGCUUCCUGCUGGCCACAUUCCUGCUGUUCGGACUGACCGGGGGCCUGAUCGGGUUCGACACGUACCGGGCGGGUGGCACCUUCGAAAAGUCCCACACCGGCCAGCUGCUGAAGCAGGCGGGCCUGCUUCCGGCCGUCGAGGACGCGUGGACCUGCACGCUCAAGCACAGCGCCCGGGGCUACAAGUGGGCCGAGGAGCACGUGCCCGUCUACUACAACGCAACCAGCAAGGCCGUUGGACCAUACGUUGAAUUUUCGAUAGAGUUUAGCAAAAUUCUCUGGAAUGGUACCAAGAAGGGCUUUGGCAACGUGAAAACGCUGGUCGAGCAGAAGACCCCAGUGGUCGUUGACUUCAUUGAACAGUACGCGCCCGGUCUGCCCAAGAAGGUCGGUGACUUUACCAGCUCGUCCUGGACCGCGGUCAGCACGUUCACCGUCAAGACGUACCAGCAGAGUUGCGAGUUCUUCAAAACCAAGGUGUUUGUUGGUCAGCUGUCGCCCGAAAACUUGGGGAAAGCCUUCAACAGUACCCAACUGGCUGCUGCUCAGUACUAUAGUUGGUUCCACGAUCAGGUCGAUUUCUACGCCAAGGUCCAGUAAGUUGACGCACUUCCUGAGUCCCCCCCCCCCCCUGCUCUCUCUCCCCCUCAUAACACAAGAAGAUCCCUCAGAUCGGGUGAGGGGUGGGGCAGGUUGGAAAGCAACCCAACCACAACAGCAGAGAGGACAACUAACAAUAAGCAACUACAACAACAGCUGGCUGGACGAAAAAAAAAAAAUAAUUAAAAGAUGCAUUGCUCGCCUUUUUUAUAACAUGCAAACAACAACAACAACAAACUUGAUUGCGAGCGCCCUCGGGUUGACAAAAUCCCACUCGAUUGACAUGUGAACGUGCGUGCGUGCGUGCCUGCUUGCGUGUGAGAGUACGAAUUUGAAUGCUGCUGUGCGAAACACAGAGAGUUUAAACUUAAAUUAAGCAAGACUAGAAAGUUUAGCAAAGUGUCGGCCAAGUGCAUGGUGAAGCGAAGAACAAGAACAAAGAUUGACUAGAAAUAAUGAUUAAACUUUUUGUUUUCGUUUUCGUUUUCUGUGCGAUAAAACAACUACACACAUCCCUUUGCGUUUUUGGCUUUGAUUGUGAACAAAAAAAAAAAAUGUGAGAGCGCGAGUGCAGAAAAGCCGGGAAUUUUUGAAGGACAACUGAAGCUGCUAAUCGUACUGAGCUAGACAGACAAGCGAGCGAUGAAUUUGACGCGUGUUACGAACGGGAGAAGCGCAAUAGCUGAACAGGAGAGCAGCAGACAGGAGGAUGAUGCGUAAAAUAGUAAUGAAUAAAAGAACAGGCGAAAACCCCCAGAAUGAGAGCAUUUGAGUAACUUCAACGGAAAUUGUAUAAGUACAUUUGAUAGACUUUUUUAAAAUAAUAUUUUACUAAUUUAAUUUUUGUUUAAUUGCUAAGGCUCCAGAAGUAACUGUUUGAUGAUGGAAGGGAAUUAUAAAAAUGAACCUAAAUUAAUUUUCUGUUGUAAAUCAGA